AAAUUAAUAAUCGAUAUUCUCCACAAUUUUAACAAUCGGGUAGAUACUUGAUACUGGUACGCUGGGAGGCAACACAUUGAUAACAUUUAACAUGUAUUUAGAUCUUGGUGUCAGUGUGCCAUUCAUAAUUUAUCAUUAAUGUCCUUCGGCUGCAAGUUUGAUCGGCGACCGUCGCUGACUGAUAUACAGAGCGAUUAGUGCACGAAAUAAUUAUGAUGACAUUAUUUAUGUAUAAAGGAAUAAAGCAAUAAUAUCCCGAUUCGUGAGACGACAUGUUACGUGCUACAACACUGACACACAAAUUAAUAAAUAUUACGUUUUACCGCGCCAGCAUCUACGAGAUCACCAGCUUAUCACAGAUUGCCGACCGUCUACUCGUCUGAGAUUAGCUGAUAUUGCGCGGACGCAUGGGCAUGGUGGCAACUCUGCAGUUUUCUUUAUCAUGGUGUACACGCAACUGGUCUACAAUAAACUAUACAAUGGUAUAUGAAAGUCGUUUCAAACCAAGAAUAUAUUUAUCUCAAAGUCCUUCGAAAUGUUCUAUAGUACUGAAUAAUGUGUUUAAAACGCAUAAUGAUCGAAAUAUUUUCGACGGAGUGAAUUUAACUGCACAUAGUGGUAAAAUAUGUGCUAUACUUGGUGAAAUAAACAGCGGUAAAUCUAUGCUGCUUUCUUGUUUAGUUGGUGGAGAUAAAAUAGACAAAGGUCAUAUAUGGGUUCUUGGUGGUAAACCAAGAACAAAAAGCAGUAAAACCUUAACUAAAUACACUGGUUAUAUGCCUCAGGAAUUUUGUUUGUAUAAAACCAUGACGGUUCUAGAAUUGUUUAAAUAUUUUGGUAACUUAUAUAAUAUUAAUUACAAAUUUAUUCUUUGGAGAAUAAGCUAUUACAAAGACAUUUUUACCCUGCCACCAAUUAAUUCCACUAUUCAAAAAUUAAGUUUCAGUGAAAAACGGAUGAUAUCGUUUAUAAUAUCAGUAUUUCACAGACCUCGAUUAGUGGUGUUAGACGAGCCUACUAUUGGACUUGACGUUUUAAAAAAAAAUCAAAUUUGGAGAUACUUGUAUCACGUGAUUACUACAUGGAAACCAACAGUAGUUGUAGCCACCAAUAAUAUCGAGGAAGCUUUUUUAGCAACUAAGAUAGCGUAUCUGAAAAAUGGAAAAAUUAUAUUUGAAAGAGAAGUAGAGGAAUUGCAUCGAACAAAUCCAAAUAAGUCUAUAGAUUUAAUCAUAGAAGACCUUUAUACCAAUAAAAACUCUUGGAUCAAUUCAAAUCUAUCUAAGACACCGCGAAAUAAAAAGCUAAGCAUUUGUAAGAAAAUCAAUCCAAGAUCAAAUAUUUGGAAGUUCAAAACCACUAUUAUUCAAAAUAUGAAGUUUUUAACUUCAAAUAUUUGGAUUUGAAUUUGGGGAGCAUCUCAAACAAAAUAUAUUAAUAGCCCAUAAACUACAUCUGAUUGAAAUUUACAGUCUGUACAAUCUGUCAACCAAAUACGCCGAAAUCCCAUUUAAGAUACACGAAUUCAAUAAUUUAAAUCUCACUGAAAACACAGCAUCCGAUAUAAUAUCAUGGUAAUUUACAAUUAACAACUAUAGUUAGCGAAACUUAAAUCAUCAAUAAAAAAAAAAUACCGUAAAUCAAAAGUUGAAUAGUGUAGUAUUUGAUGAGGGAAUAAGAACAGUAACAUCCAACAGGAGUAUUUAAGUGGGAUGGUAAAUAUACCAGGGGGCCCCCAAGUACUUUCUGAGCGAUUAGAUUCCAUUUAUUUAUCAUAGAUUCUGA